AUGACUUCAAAUGAUAUACAUCCAUUACAUCGUUCCGCUGAAAUCGAAGAUUUAUCUCAUAUAACGAAAGCAGACGAAGCUAAACUUCAAAACGAAUCCUUAAAAAACGAACGAAAUAAUUUGAAAACAACAACAAAUUUACAUCGUAGUGAAGAAAUAGAAGAUUUGUCUCAUUUAUCGUCGAAAGAUAUGAAUAAACCAUUGAAUAAUAAUAGUAAUAUCGAUGAUACAUUGCGUAUUUAUUCAACAGCUACCGCAGAAACUACAUACGAUGAUCAACAUCAUCAACCAUUAACUCCAACAUUUGGAUCAACAACACAAAAUGCUCAACAACAACAAUUUCCACUUCAUCGCACUUCAGAAAUGGAGGAUAUUCACGCUGAAAUCAAGGAAGAAGAAAGUAGUCGGCAAAACUCGUCACCAAUCAAAAAUGAACAACGAAAAUUAAUCAAAUGCAAUACAAUCAUUGGUGAUAGUUCAAAAUAUAAUUAG